GGGGUGUGUGCUCAGCGUAGCUUAUAGUCACACAGCUGCCGGCAUAGUUUGGGCUGUGACUCGGGCUCCCACACUUGCUGAGACUGCCUGUUAACAGUGUGUCUGUGGGAUCUGCCAGUCCCAGUGGAUGGUUGCACAGUCUGUGCCUAUUACCAGUAGCUACACACAGAGCAGACCUCCAUGGUGCAGGACACACUUAGGAAAUUUGCAACAAAAGUAACCACAGCCAGUGUGAAGGAACGCAGAGAAAUCCUUAAUGAACUGAAAUUAUGUAUUUCUGAAAAAGAUCUGCCAGAGGUUGCUGUGAAAGGACUCUGCAAGCUAAUCUGCCUAACUUUACAUCGAUAUCGAGAUGCAGCAUCCCGUCAAGCUCUGCAGUCAGUUGUCCAACAGUUGCUGGAGUCCCAGCCAGAUGCAACUGCUAAGAAUCUUCUGCAGUCGCUCCAGACAUCUGGGGUGGGAAACCGGAACGUAGAGCCCAGCAAGAGCAGUGGCUCUGCAGCAUCAUUAGCCUUGUCAUGGACUUGUGUCGUUGUCAGGGUCGUGUUUUCCACCCCAGAGAAACAGCAAGGGGAGACUUGGAAAAAACUGGUGGAAUGCCAGUCUUAUCUUUUGAUGGAGAUAUUAGGAGGCUCACAUAGACAUGCUGUAAUAGGAUCUUCAAAGAAGAUUAACAAAUUGUGGAAGGAGAAUCCUCGUCUUGUGGAGAAGUAUCUAGACAUUGUUUUAAGUCUUGAACCAAACCAGAAUUUUGCUGGCAUCCUGGGACUCUCUGUGCAUUUUUGUGUGAAGCAGAAUGAGAUGGACAUCCUUACAAAGUACAGGAGUAAUCUUCUAGAUUUCUAUGUGAAGAUGGUUCUAAUGAGUAAAGUGAAACCCCCAAAGUACAUACUGGAGAGUUGUGCCCCACUUCUUCAACAUCUGUCUCAUGAGGAAUUUAAAGACCAAGUUUUACCCAUGUUACAAAAGUCUCUUCUCCGUAGCCCUGAAAAUGUUAUUGAAACUAUUUCCUCUCUGUUUGCAUCUGUGACACUUGACUUGAGCCAGUACGCACUUGAUCUUGGGAAAAGCUUGGCCGGACAGUUGAAGUCUAACAACUCCGAACUAAUGGAUUUAGCAGUAGUUGCAUUACAGAACCUGGCCCACCAGUGCAGUGACCCAACUGCGGUGGAGGCUCUGGGAAAACAUUUGUUUGCCAUUCUGGGAGGUUCAGAAGGAAAACUCACAGCUGUGGCGCAGAAGAUGAGUGUUCUCUCAGGUAUUGGCAGUUUAAGUCACCAUGCAGUGUUCGGAACCUCGAGUCAGGAGAUGAGUAGGACAAUUUCAGAGCUGUUCAUUCCUUUCCUUCUACAAGAGGUUCAUGAAGGAACGCUAAUUCAUGCAGUUUCGGUACUUACUCAGUGGUGUCAAAAGUUCACUACAGAGGUACCCAAGAAGCUGCUGGAAUGGUUUCAGAAAGCUGUUUCUCUGAAAACCAGCACUUCUGGAGUGAGAUAUUCAUAUUUCCAGUGUAUGCUGGUAUCAUUCAAAGGUGAUACAUUGGUGCAAGCUCUGGAACUUUUACCCCUUUUGAUCCAGACUGUGGAUAAGGCGGCAUCACAGACAUCACAGAUGUCUUUACUGGCAGAAGCUUUGGCUGCUUCUGUUCUUGUAUGCAGGAUUUCAGUCACUGAAACACAGAUUGAAAACAAACUGAACAACUUUUGGCAAUUAUUGUCUGAUGAGAAGAAACAGAUUUUUACCUCUGAUAAGUUUCUGUCCUCUGCAAAUGAAGAUUGCCUUAGCACACUUCUUCAGUUAAGUGAGAGACUCUUUCUUGACCACAUCCACAGGCUACCGGACAACCGAGCUCAACCAUAUUAUCAUGCUUUGAUCGUUGUCCUGCUAAGUCGAUCGUGGAAAGUACGUAAGCAGUGUCAGCAGACCAUUAAAAAGCUGCUGGGGUCCCUUGGUGGUACCAAGCUAUUGCAUGGCCUUUUGUUCGAACUCAAAGUUGUCUUAAAUUCAAAUAAGCUGAUGCCAAGUGACUCUUCAGCUGUGGAGUCUGAGGAGGUGACAGAGCCUGGAAAGUACCAUGUGCCGCCAAGAGUUUUACAAGAGGCAAUUCAUGUUCUCACCUGUGUGCCAGGUUUGGAGUCUGACAUUGUGGAAGCAGAAAAUCUGGCUCAAGAGCUUCUAAUAUUAGUAAACCAUCCAUUAAUUGCCUCUGUGUACAGGGAUCUAUGGGUAGAUCUUCUGUACAAGAUGAAGAUUGAUGCUGCCGAGUUUAUAAACAAGCACUUUGAUGAUGAUUUCUUACCUUUAAUCACUUCUAAUAAUAAUAGAAACCAGGCUGUCCUUAAUGCUGCGGGUACAUUGGCUCGCAUUUCUCCAGAUAGAGUUCUUCCUAGACUGAUGGGAAUCAUUACUGAAUCCCUGCAGAAUCCAGCACUGUGUCAGGUUACCAGGGAAGAAUACGCCAUUAUGCAAACCCCUGAGGGUGAACUGUAUGACAAAUCUAUCUUACAAAGUGCUCAACAGGAUAGUUUAAAAAAGGGCAACAUGAAGAGGGAGAAUAAGGCUUACUCAUUCAAGGAGCAAAUAAUUGAAUUGGAACUGAAAGAGGAAAUAAAGAAGAAAAAGGGAAUAAAGGAGGAGCUUCAGCUAACGAUCAAACAAAAAGAAAUGCUGCAGGCACAGACUGAAAAAGAGGGUCAGAUCCGUAAGAAACUAUUGGAGUUGGAUGUUCAUCUGGAAAACACUAUUAGGCUUCUUGACUGUGUCCUGCAGCAGAGGCCUCCGGGUCUUUCUCAGCACAUCCCCGCGGUGACCAGCAGCUUUCUUCCUUUGCUCAAGUCUCCGUUAGCUGCUCCUCGGGUCCACAUCCCUUUUGUACAAUUUGCGGACUGUGUCAUUCCAGCACAUUUGAAAACAUUUGGAAAAUUGGUUGCCCAUAUAAGCCUCCGCUUGUUAAAACCAGAGUGUAACCUAGAUGCUGCAUGGUGUCAGGAAGAGCUGCAAGUAGCUGUAAAGAGAGCAGUAAGCCUUUUACACUCUUAUACAGUCCCCAAACGCAAGGAUGACACAGUGGCAUCUCCUUUACCGGCACCAGCAUUUUCCUUUGUCUUCCCUCUUCUGAAAAUGGUUCUGAUGGAAACAUGCAAUAACAGUGAAGACAUUGAAGAACUUCUAGUGCAAACACUACAGAUUAUCACUGUCCAUUCCCAGCUGAGAUCUUCUGGGAGUCAAACUGGAUUUAUUGAUGAGAAUGGUCCGGAGUUGCUGCCUCGCACAGAUAUGCUGCUAUUGUUAACUAGGGUAAUUGGAACAUCCACCCCAAGAUUGCAAGUCCUGGCCUCUAAUGCUCUCACAUCACUGUGCACAAGUAGUGGAGGAGGAAAAGGAUGUACAUAUGCAGAACAGGAGGAAAUUGAUGUUUUACUUCAAGCAUUACAGUCAUCCUGCUCAAAUGUGCGAGAUGCUGCUCUGCUGGGACUAAUGGAACUUACAAUGGUAUUGCCAACACCAGACACAGAUGAUAAGAAUGGACUGGCCUUGUUGCACAGACUAUGGGUGGUGAAAUUUGAUGUUGAGGCUGAAAUAAAAGCACAAGCUGAGAGAUUUUGGGAAUCACUUGACCUGAAACUGCAACCAGACAUCUGUUCCUUGCUCAUUAAAGAUGUUAUUUAUCAUGAAGAAGCAAUAAGACAUGCCGGAGCUGAGGCACUUUCUCACGCCGUUUCAGAAUAUCGGAAUCAAGCCACUGAGGUCAUGAAGAAAUUAGUUGAGCUGUAUCAUGAAAAACUCUAUAGACCACCGCCUGUUCUUGAUGCUUUGGGACGCGUCAUUUCGGAGUCUCCACCUGACCAGUUUGAAGCAAGGUGUGGGGUAGCCCUGGCACUGAACCAGCUGGCUCAGUAUCUGGACAGUUCUCAAGUUAAACCACUCUUCCAGUUCUUUGUUCCUGAUGCCCUUAAUGAUCGGCAUGCUGAUGUCAGGAAAUGUAUGCUGGACGCUGCUUUGUCUGCACUCAACACACAUGGAAAGGAUAGCGUUGGCUCUUUAUUGCCAGUAUUUGAAGAUUUCUUGAAGAAUGCCCCAAACGAUGCUAAUUAUGAUGCUGUUAGACAAAGUGUUGUCAUUCUUAUGGGCUCAUUGGCAAAACACUUGGACAAAAGUGAUCCUAAAGUUAAACCGAUUGUUGCCAAACUAAUAGCAGCACUCUCUACUCCAUCGCAACAGGUACAAGAAUCUGUGGCUGGCUGCCUGCCUCCUUUGGUGCCUGCUAUUAAGGAUGAUGCUGGUGGUAUGAUCCAGAAAUUAAUGGCUCUUCUUCUAGAGUCCGAUAAAUAUGCAGAGCGUAAAGGUGCUGCCUAUGGACUUGCAGGACUAGUGAAGGGAUUAGGAAUUCUUUCCCUGAAACAGCAAGAAAUGAUGACCACACUAACUGACGCUAUUCAAGAUAAAAAGAAUUUCCGACGUAGGGAGGGAGCUCUGUUUGCCUUUGAGAUGCUCUGUAAUAUGCUUGGGAAGUUAUUCGAACCCUACGUGGUUCACGUGUUACCUCAUCUCUUGUUGUGCUUUGGUGACGGGAACCAGUAUGUACGUGAGGCUGCAGAUGAAUGUGCCAAGGCAGUGAUGAGUAAUCUCAGUGCCCACGGUGUAAAGCUUGUAUUGCCGUCACUUCUAGUGGCUCUUGAGGAAGAAUCAUGGAGAACCAAAGCUGGAUCUGUGGAAUUGUUGGGAGCUAUGGCUUAUUGUGCUCCAAAACAGCUGUCAUCUUGUCUUCCAAAUAUUGUGCCCAAACUCACUGAAGUGCUAACAGACUCCCAUGUAAAGGUGCAGAAAGCUGGUCAACAAGCAUUGCGUCAGAUUGGCUCGGUAAUUCGCAAUCCAGAGAUCCUGGCGAUUUGUCCGGUACUGCUAGAUGCACUUACAGAUCCCUCGAGAAUGACCCAGAUGUGCCUACAAACACUACUGGACACAAAGUUUGUGCAUUUUAUUGAUGCUCCAUCUUUAGCCUUGAUUAUGCCCAUUGUACAGAGGGCAUUCCAAGACCGAUCUACAGACACUAGAAAAAUGGCAGCACAGAUUAUUGGAAAUAUGUACUCCCUGACGGACCAGAAGGACCUGGCACCUUACCUUCCAAGUGUCAUUCCUGGACUUAAGGCAUCUCUGAUAGACCCUGUUCCUGAAGUUCGCACGGUCUCUGCUAAGGCAUUGGGUGCAAUGGUAAAGGGAACAGGAGAGUCCUGCUUCCAGGAUUUACUGCCGUGGUUGAUGGACACGUUAGCAUCUGAUUACAGCUCAGUGGAUCGUUCUGGUGCUGCUCAAGGUCUCUCAGAAGUCAUGGCUGGUCUAGGUGUGGAGAAACUGGAAAAGCUGAUGCCAGACAUUGUAGCAACAGCCAGCAAAGUGGACAUUGCUCCCCAUGUCCGUGAUGGUUACAUUAUGAUGUUCAUCUAUCUGCCAAUCACUUUCGGUGACAAAUUAACACCUUAUGUUGGGCCAAUCAUACCCUGUAUUCUGAAGGCCCUGGCAGAUGAAAAUGAAUUUGUACGUGACACAGCCCUACGUGCAGGCCAGAGAAUAAUCACCAUGUAUGCUGAGACUGCAAUUGCACUCCUGCUGCCACAGCUGGAACAGGGCUUAUUUGAUGAUCUUUGGAGAAUAAGGUUUAGCUCUGUUCAACUUCUUGGAGACCUGUUGUUUCAUAUAUCUGGGGUGACAGGAAAGAUGACGACAGAGACUGCCUCUGAAGAUGAUAAUUUCGGUACUGCACAGUCCACAAAGGCCAUCAUUUCUGCCCUCGGAGCAGAAAGGAGAAACCGUGUCCUAGCUGGAUUGUACAUGGGCCGGUCAGAUACACAGCUAGUUGUGCGCCAGGCUUCUCUUCACGUGUGGAAGAUUGUUGUUUCAAACACACCACGCACGCUUAGAGAAAUUUUGCCAACACUCUUUACGCUACUGCUGGGUUUUCUAGCCAGCACUUGUGCAGACAAGAGAACGAUUGCUGCCAGAACACUUGGAGAUCUAGUCCGUAAACUUGGGGAGAAAAUCCUUCCAGAAAUCAUUCCAAUUUUGGAGGCUAGUCUCAGGUCUGAUAAAAGUGAUGAAAGACAGGGUGUGUGUAUCGGCUUAAGCGAGAUCAUGAAAUCCACCAGUAGAGACGCUGUGAUGUUUUUCUCGGAGUCCCUCGUUCCAACUGUAAGGAAAGCUUUGUGUGAUCCGCUUGAGGAAGUCAGAGAGGCGGCAGCCAAAACCUUUGAGCAGUUGCACUCUACUAUUGGCCAUCAAGCUUUGGAGGAUAUCCUGCCAUAUUUACUGGAGCAGCUGGAUGAUGAAGAGAUGUCAGAGUUUGCCUUGGAUGGACUGAAACAAGUUAUGGCAGUGAAGAGUCGUGUUGUGCUUCCUUAUCUUGUUCCUAAGUUAACACAUCCACCUGUGAACACUCGUGUCCUGGCAUUCCUUUCAUCAGUGGCAGGUGAUGCCUUGACAAGACACCUGAAUGUCAUUCUUCCUGCUGUUAUGUCUGCAUUAAAAGCACAUCUGGGAACAGAGAAUGAGCAAGCGGAACUAGCAAACUGCCAAGCUGUCAUCUUGUCGGUGGAAGACGAUGCUGGUCAGAGAAUUGUAAUUGAAGAUUUACUAGAAGCCACCCGCAGCUCUGAUGUAGGAAUGCGACAAGCUGCUGUUAUAAUACUGAAUAUAUACUGUGCAAAGACAAAAGCGGACUACUCUGCACAUCUCCGGAGCUUGAUGUCUGGACUUCUGCGCUUGUUCAAUGACACCAGCAGUGUUGUUUUGAACGAAAGCUGGGAUGCUUUAAAUGCUAUUACUAAAAAAUUGGAUGCUGGAAGCCAGUUGACACUGAUUGAUGACCUGCAUAGAGAUAUUCGCAUGGUGGGGAAUGAUGCCAAAGGAGAACAUGUACCUGGUUUUUGUAUUCCAAAGAAGGGGGUAACAUCAAUUCUACCAGUGCUAAGAGAAGGUGUUCUCACUGGCAACCCAGAACAGAAAGAAGAGGCCACCAAGGCAUUGGGCUUAGUGAUUAAGCUGACCUCUGCGCAAGCGUUACAGCCUUCUGUGAUUGGCAUCACUGGACCUUUAAUCCGUAUUUUGGGAGACAGGUUCACCUGGAGCGUCAAGGUGGCUCUUCUGGAAACGCUGAGUCGUCUUCUAGCCAAGGUGGGCAUUGCAUUAAAACCUUUCCUUCCACAACUUCAAACUACAUUUACUAAAGCUCUGCAAGAUUCAAACCGCGCUGUACGUCUGAAGGCAGCCGAUGCUCUGGGGAAACUCAUUGUUAUCCAUACAAAAGUAGAUCCUCUCUUCACAGAACUGUUGAACAUCAUUCAUAUGUGCGAAGACUCUGGAGUAAGGGAAACCAUGCUUCAGGCUGUACGAUUCAUUAUACGAGGUGGUGGAGGUAAAAUGGAUGCAGCAAUACGGAAAAACUAUGUCACCAUGUUGAUUGGGAUGUUGGGACAUGAUGAGGAUGCUACCCGCAUGGCGUCUGCUGGCUGCCUUGGAGAACUCUGUGCUUACCUUCCAGAGGAAGAACUUUCUGUAGUUCUACAGCAGCACCUCCUGGCUGAUACCUCUGGAAUUGACUGGAUGGUUAGACAUGGACGAAGCAUGGCUCUCUCUGUUGCUAUAAAUGUGGCAUCCAGCAAGUUAUACACACCAAAGUUCUCCAGUAACAUAGAAUCUAUGAUUCUCAGCAACGCUACAGCGGAUAGGAUUCCCAUUGCAGUGAGUGGAAUCAGAGGAAUUGGUUUCCUUAUUAAACAUUAUAUUGAUACUAAAAGUGGGAACCUUCCACCUAAAUUGGUUUCCCUGUUUGUGAAGUGUCUUCAGAACCCAUCAAGUGACAUUAAGCUUAUAGCCGAAAAAAUGAUCUGGUGGGCAAGCAAAGAUCAUUUGCCCCCGCUAGACACUCAGACUAUCAAACCAAUUCUCAAAGUGCUUUUAGACAAUACAAAGGACAAAAACACAAGUGUUCGAGCAUACAGUGACCAGGCAAUAGUGAACCUUUUAAAAAUGAGAUUAGGGAAUGAUCUCUUCCAAGACAUGACCAAGAUACUGGACACGGCUAGCUUAGACAUGCUGAAUGAAUGUAAUCGCCGCUCUCUGAAAAAGCUGGCUGCUCAGCCAGACUCCACUGAACAGAUUGAUGAAACUAUCCUGACGUGAUUGGGAAUCAUUUUGGCUGCAUCAACAUUUCACCUCUGAAUAUCUAUUAAAUGUUUUUGUUUCUAAAAGUGCACUUUUUGUGUAGUGCACAGAAACUAUUGGCUUUCCAGAAGUUAUAAUUAAAAGAAAUAUAAAUUUCUGUACCCUGUACAA